AUGCGUCUCAACGCAGCUAUCACUGGCGCCCUCGUCUCCUCGGCCACUUUGAUGGGCCAAGCUCACGCUGAGGAGACUGAGAAGAAGGCGGACGCUACUUCGCUCGUGGAGAAGCCUACCUUCACCCCUACUACCCUGAAAGCUCCCUUCCUCGAGCAGUUCACCGGCGAUUGGGACUCGAGAUGGACUCCGUCUCACGCCAAGAAGGAGGACUCCAAGGCGGAGGAGGAUUGGGCCUACGUCGGUGAAUGGGCCGUCGAGGAACCUACCGUACUGAACGGCAUGGUCGGCGACAAGGGUCUGGUUGUCAAGAACGUCGCGGCUCACCAUGCCAUCUCUGCGAAGUUCCCCAAGAAGAUCGACAACAAGGGCAAGACCCUGGUUGUUCAGUAUGAGGUCAAGCCACAGAACUCUCUUGUUUGCGGUGGUGCCUACAUGAAGCUCCUCCAGGAGAACAAGAAGCUCCACGCCGAGGAGUUCUCCAACGCUACUCCCUACGUGAUCAUGUUUGGUCCCGACAAGUGUGGUGCUACCAAUAAGGUUCACUUCAUUUUCCGUCACAAGAACCCCAAGACCGGCGAAUACGAGGAGAAGCACCUGACGGCUCCUCCUGCCGCUCGUACCUCUAAGCUCACCGCCGUGUACACUUUAAUCGUCAAGCCCGAUCAGUCCUUCCAGAUCCUGAUUGACGGCGAGGCUGUCAAGAACGGUACCCUGCUUGAGGACUUCAACCCCCCCGUCAAUCCAGAGAAGGAGAUCGACGACCCCAAGGACAAGAAGCCCGCCGAUUGGGUGGACGAAGCCAAGAUCCCCGACCCUGAGGCCAAGAAGCCUGACGACUGGGAUGAGAACGCUCCUUACGAAGUCGUGGACGAGGAGGCGACUAUGCCCGAGGACUGGCUUGAGGACGAGCCCACCAGCAUCCCUGAUCCCGAGGCCGAGAAGCCCGAGGACUGGGAUGACGAGGAGGACGGUGACUGGAUUCCUCCUACUGUUCCCAACCCCAAGUGCAACGAAGUCUCCGGAUGUGGCCCCUGGACUCCUCCCAUGAAGAAGAACCCCGCCUACAAGGGCAAGUGGACCGCUCCUAUGAUCGACAACCCCGCCUACAAGGGUAUUUGGAAGCCUCGCAAGAUCCCCAACCCCGCCUACUUCGAGGACAAGACUCCUUCUAACUUCGAGCCUAUGGGCGCUGUUGGUUUCGAGAUCUGGACCAUGCAGAACGACAUUCUGUUCGACAACAUCUACAUUGGUCACUCCAUUGAAGAUGCUGAGAAGCUCCGCAAGGAGACCUUUGAUGUCAAGCACCCCGUUGAAGUUGCUCUGGAGGAAGCCUCCAAGCCCAAGCCUGAGGAGAAGGGUGCCACCCCCAGCGUCAGCUUCAGGGAGGCCCCAGUGACAUACGUCCGUGAGAAGGUUGACUACUUCGUUGGUCUUGCCAAGCAAGAUCCCGUCAACGCUGUCAAGCAAGUUCCUGAGGUCGCCGGUGGUCUGGGAGCCCUCCUUCUGACCAUGAUCCUCGUCAUUGUGGGCGCUGUUGGAGCCAGCAGCCCUGCCCCUGCCGCCGCCGCUAAGAAGGGCAAGGAGGCCGCCACCGCCGCCAAGGAGAAGGCCAGCGAAGCUGUCAGCUCUGCGGCAGACACUGCCAAGGGCGCAGCGACCAAGCGUAACACCCGGUCGUCUGCCCAGUAA